GCAAGGGCAAAACGAAAACACUCUUCUCUUCAAACUUGACUGUUUUUCUCUCUCUCUCUCUCUCUGUCUAAAGAAGCAACAAUGGCGACUCUUGAUGGCGGUAUCAAGUCAACAUCGAUAAACGGUGUGAAGAUGUAUACGAUUGCAUCACAACAACCCUCACUCGCUUCCUGGCUCCCCACUAAGAAGCAGAAUUCUCAUCGCAACAUCAAAAGUUACACGCAAAAUCUGCAACUGCUCGAAGACUUGAGGUUCGCAACCGCCACAACCAAGAUUAAGGCAACUCCUGAUGGCGAGUAUAUCAUAGCAUCAGGUAUAUAUCCGCCGCAAGUAAAAGUGUACGAGGUCAGGGAGCUAGGAUUGAAGUUCGAAAGGCACUUGGAUUCAGAGAUCAUUGAUUUUCAGGUUUUAACCGAUGACUAUUCAAAACUUGCAUUUUUAUGUGCUGACCGCUCUGUUUGUCUACAUGCAAAAUAUGGAAAGCACUACAGUUUGCGAAUACCAAGGAUGGGAAGGGAUAUUACUUAUGACUGCUGGUCUUGUGACUUGCUUUGUGCUGCCUCUUCCCCGGAUCUGUACAGAAUUAACUUAGAGCAGGGGCGAUUUCUUUCCUCCCUAAACACACAAUCCCCUGCGUUGAAUGUAGUUUCUCGAAGCAAGCUUCAUGGACUAGUUGCAUGUGGUGGUGAAGAUGGUGCUGUGGAAUGCUUUGACAUGCGUAUGAGAUCUUCAGUUGGUAGAAUUGAUGCUGUCGGGCCAAGUGGCGAUGUUGACCAGGAGGUCACUGCAUUGGAGUUUGAUGGAGAUGGGGGUCUCUUAAUGGCUGUUGGAAGUAGUGCGGGAAAGGUUCUCAUCUAUGACCUGCGCUCAUCACAUCCAAUACGAAUACAGGAUCACAUGUAUGGCAGUUCCAUAUUGGAUAUUAAGUGGCAUCGUACUCUUAACUAUGAACAACCAAUGUUGAUUACCAGUGAUAGUCAUGUUGUCAGGAUAUGGGAUCCUGAAACGGGAGAAGGCGUGGCCAGCAUUGAACCGUCAGCAGGAACAAUAAAUGAUGUGUGUACAUUUCCAGGGAGUGGUUUGAUCUUGCUGGCCUUGGACUGUAGCCAAAUACCAUCUUACUUCAUACCAUCCCUUGGACCUGCUCCCAAGUGGUGUUCUUCUCUAGAAAAUUUCACGGAAGAGCUAGACAUGGGUGGACAAACAACUAUUUACGAUCAUUACAAAUUUUUGACUAAGGAGGAGCUUGAGAGGUUAAAUUUGACCAACCUGAUUGGCACCAAUCUACUUAGAGCCUACAUGCAUGGCUUCUUUAUUAAUUAUGCAUUAUACAAAAAGGCUAAAGCGCUGACAGAUCCUUUUGAAUAUGAAGCUUAUAUCGAACAGCAGAAACGAGAAAAAAUGGAAUCUGAACGCGCCUCACGAAUCACGAUUAGGAAAAAAUUACCUAAAGUUAAUCGGGCCCUUGCAGCUCGCCUCCUUGAAAGUGAAGAAGCUGAAAAUGAGAAGAGAGAUGCAGAUGAUGAUGAAACUAAAAAGGCAUCCAAGAAAAAGAAAGGGAUUAAUAUGCAAGAUCUUCAAGAUGAGCGAUUUAAAGCGAUAUUUACAAACGAGAAUUUUGAGAUUAAAGAGUCCUCGCAAGAAUAUCUGGCUUUACAUCCCAUGGGUUCUAAGAAGCAAACAUCCCUGCUAGAGGAACAUUUUGAGCCUGUCAUGUCGGAUGAUGAUCAAGAUCUACGUGACUCUGAUGCAUCAGCAUCAUCGGAAGAUGAACCUGCAAAUAAAGUGAAAGAGAAAAUUCGGAUUCCAAAAAUGUAUGAAAUUAGGAAUGAGCAGCAUGCAGAGGCAUUUUGGAGCCAAAAGUCACUUGCAGGGGAGGACUCACUUCCUAUGGGAGAUAGAGUGGCAGCACUCAACAAAGACGACCGCCGAUCAUCUUUUAUUCCAGAUGGUGUUAAGCAGGGUCCAGGAGGAUCACGGGAAAUCACUUUCACCUCAAGAAACUCAGCCAGGUACAAGGAAGACAGGGAAGAUAAAGAUGUUCAACCCCAAAAAAGGAGGGGAGUUCAAUCCUUGGGGCUUAAGCCACAAAGACCAGUGUUUCGUGGUCAAGGGAGAGGGAAACACGGGGGUGGCAGAAGAGGAGGACGUCGAUGAUGACCUUUUUACGCGAUGUAAAUGGCAUUUGAUUCGUCGUCUUAGAUCUUUGCUUGGUCUUGGGUUGAAGGCACAAGUAAGCUUUGCCUGGCUGCAAGGCCACAUGAUCUCUUCUGAUGUAUCAUAGGUAGCCUAGCAUCUUGUUAUUUAUUUACAUUUUUGUUCCUUCCCCUCUUAUUUUUGGAUGCUCUAUCAAGAUUUGUGUUGAUCCUACCUUUGUUUUGUUACAUCUGUUAACAUAUUACUAUAUGGAACAUGGUAGUGCCAAUAUUAUGGCAAGUUUUGUCGCCCAUUCUGGCCAUUCCCCUGAGUUACCAUCCUUUAGGGGAGGUUGCUAGAGUAUAGAUUUUGUCUGUUCAAAUAUUUGUAAACGUGGAUGAUGACCUAAAAUUCGAAUACUAGUUCUAAUUAAGUAAAUGUUCAU